AUGGCAAACGAACCUGACGCCCCGCCAUUCGAGAGAGUUCUUACGCUCGCGACGCGCAAGUACGAAGGUGCCUCGCUCACCAAUAACCGCCUGAAAUCGCUUCUCCUCGCAAUCGGCAAGCAACAAGAGACUGCGCUGAAAUGCUUCGUCGCUUCGUCAUCCGAAUCGACCACCACCACCCACUCAAGCUUCAUAUCUCGUCGUUUGUCUGACCCUGCUUUCGGAACGAGCUCCAAUAUCGUCACCUUCGAGCGCAAUGAGGGAUCUCAACCGGAGCACACGCCACUGUUGACGCAAGCUCCGACGUGUCUUUCGGGGCUCGCGCAGAAAUCGAUCGAGAAGUUGGAAAAGAUACAGGUGAAGGAUCACGAGCAGAGCCCAGCAGCCGAGAAGAAGAUUGCUUUUGUUACGGAUAAGCCUUCGACUGAGCCGAAACUGCCCAAAGAGCUCUCUUCCAUGCGUUUCACACCUUCCACAGCAGUCAAAACGGCGCCACAAGGCAGAGUCAUCAAGCCGACCGACUGGGACGAUCAGCAAAGCAGUGAUCAAUACGAGCCAAGAACAUCCAGCUCAAAGCCAAAUCGGAAGCACCAGUUCGAAGACGCCUCGACAAAGAAGCAGACGAAGCCAGCGCAGUCAGUCAGCAGACCCGAAUCCUCAGUUGAAAUCCUUGCCGCUGAGAUCAACGCCCUGAGCACUGAUUCUGAUGACGAGCAAGAUAAGACCAAGGUGCAAGUCAAAGAUACCCAACCCCGUCCAAAGUAUGGUUACGGCCGCGUCAGACAGAUGUUUCCAAUUGAUGAAGAAGAGCUAGCGGCGCUCGCAAAGGAGAAUGCAAGCAAGUCAUCGUCGAUGCCCAUCGCGGCAGUGGUCUCUCCAGCCGUCGCACCGGAGUCAAACAGCCCAUCUUCCAAAGACUAG